AAAUUGGUGUCCCGACUGCGACGUCCCGUCCGCAGUCAACCGGCUCAGUCGCUCGGCAGACGGGACCCUCCCUGGCUCUACCGUCGACUCCUAACACGAUCCUUAAACAAAUAAUCGUCAUAGACUGCCUUUGCCGCCGAUCCGAGCGCCAGUCGAUAAGAUACAGCCCGCGAACAAACAUCCCGGUAUGUGAUUGUGAGUGAAAUGGCCAAGUCUUUAGAUGAUGUUUCUAAGAAGAAUAGUGAAGACGACACUACCAUGGACGGCGAGAGCGAGGAGCCGCAGGGCUGCGCGCACAGACUCAUGGCGUGGCUGAGGAUCAACCCCAACCUGAUCAUGCUGAAAGUGACGCUCUUUGUGAUGUACGGCGCCACAGCGUCCCUGCUCCCCUACUUAACCAUACACAUGCAGAGCAUAGGACUGACAGUGCCCGAGAUAUCAUUUGUGUAUUUAGCGUUACCGUUCACUACGUUCCUGAGUCCACCGAUAACUGGAUUUCUUGUGGACCGUUUUGGGGAGUAUAAGCCCGUGGUCAUCACGGCGUUGAUCCUGAACGCUGCGUUCCACCACUCGCUGCUGCUGAUCCCGCACCAGGAGACGCCGGGGGUGAUGCCGUCGGCCUACGUCAUGCGACAUCCGAUCACCAGCGCCGUCGAGAUUUGGUGGAGUCCGUGUCCUAGCAGAGAGUGUCCGGAUGAAGAUGAACAUGUAGAUUUCGUGCUAGACAGAUGUGUAGACCACUGUUCUAGCAACUCCUCCAAACUUGACCAGCCCUUCAACGAGACGAACAACCCCGAUGAUGAUAUUGAUGAUAUUGACAUACACAUCAGUCAGAAAGUCAAGCCAGCUAUUUUGAAACAAAAGGAAAUCAAUUCCACAGAAGAUGAGGAGGAGUAUAAUGACAGUGCAUAUUUCAUACUCAUUGUGCACGAUGACUUAGGAGAGCCCAAGGAACAACUUGGAAUAGAAAUGGAGAGGGAUGACAACGAAACAGUAACAGAUUUCAGAUCAAGGUUUGGUGAGAAGUUGUUGACGUCACAAGGAGUAAAUGUUUCUGCUUUGGACAAAGAGGACCUACGAUGUGGAGGGCUUGUCAAGUUGCAUAAUAUGACAAAACUGUCGAAGCAGAGACUAGUUACCUUAUCCGCUGACUGUAUGGUCCAGAAGUGUGAAUUCAGAAGAGGCGGUCCUGAUAUUUGCCCACCGGAUUACAAGGAGAGUGACGAUAAAACUUUUUACAUUUACUUCUUCUUGCGGUUCAUGGGUACUAUCAUGUUGUCUGCUGGCGUCACUAUCAUGGAUCCAAUUGCCCUCACCAUGAUCCAGAAAUACGGAGGCGACUUUGGCAGGGAACGGUUGUUUUCCAGCAUUGGUAUGGCCAUAUUCUCGCCUAUCACUGGCAUGCUCAUUGAUAUGAGGAGCAAACAAGUCGGCUACACGGACUACUCAGCUGCAUUCUACACUUAUGAUGUGUUAUUACUCAUAUCAGCUAUAACAGUAGCUGUUAUGCCACUCGGAGCUAAAUUACCAGCUGACAAUUUACUUCAUGACUUGGUGAACAUCAUCAAGAUGCCGCAUAUAAUUAUUUUCAUAUUUUUCCUAUUCGCAUUGGGAAACUUUUGGGGAUUCAUCGAGUCUUAUCUCUUCCUGUAUUUGAAGGAAUUAGGAGCGCCUAAUUUUUUGUUGGGUAUAACGGUAACGGUGGGAACAUUAAGUAGCAUCCCAUUCCUGUACGGAGCUGAUGCCAUCACUGCUAAGAUCGGCCACGUCAAUGUCAUCAUCGUUGCCUUCUUCUCCCACGCUGCUCGGCUCGUCGGUUACUCCUUCAUUGAGAAUUCCUGGUGGUGCUUCCCGUUCGAAGCCAUGGAGUCUCUGUCAGUUCAUCUGAUGUGGGUGGCAGCAGCUACAUAUUGCGCGAUGUUGGCUCCCAAAAGUUUGUUGGCUACUCUUAUUGGAGUACUGGGGAUGGCACAUUUCAGUUUAGGCCGUGGCAGUGGCAGCUUCGGUGGAGGAUUCCUCAUCGCCUCUCUAGGAACCCGUGAAGCAUUCCGGUACAUGGGUCUUAUAGCGUUCCUUGGUGGAGUGUUGUAUGGACUACUACAUUACUUUUGGCUCAGGAAGAUCAACAUGACCAGCUUAGAAUACACCAGCACUGAGCAGGACACUGAAAAUGGUGAGGCAGACAAACUGAACGGCGAACCCAUACGGAAGGAUGCUGAAACGAUGAUAUCUUUAGAACGACUACACAUGAUCACCAGAUACAAUCCUCUGGGAUCACUGCAUUCUUUACCUAGAGGCUCACGUGCAAGGUUGUCCCAAGGCGACAUAAACGAGCUCUGCAGAAGUAGAAGUGGCAGCAACAGCCAACGUCGUUGCAGCAACAUCGAGAUCUCCCCGAAGACUCCUCAGGGUUCGGGAUCGAAGGUCCACCUUCUCCGGUCGGCUCUGGAGAUCAACCACCAACAUCAGGGCAAGAGUCAUAUAUCAAAUCCUAUGUUAUCUAGCCCAAAUAGACCUCAUCAUCCUUAUAAGCUCGCCAACAGCGCACCAAAACUGACCCAACGCAACAACAUAUCCCAGCCAGUUCUCUCAGAAUUUGACACCCGUCGCCGCGACUCCAUACCAGAGGAAGCAGAAGAAGACAGACUGGCUGCAGCGAAGCCUGCGAAGACCAAGAGUGACCAUCUUCGUCCACCACCAAGCUACGACGAGGCAAUAAGCGAACACCGGAAAAGUUGGCAUUCAGAUGACAGUACUCCCACUUAAGAGCCAACGAUGAUAAUGUUAGAUAUUAGGGUUAGACGACUUGGUAAAAUUACUGAUGGAAGCGGUACUGGCAUGGAUAGUUAUUGUUGUAUAGAUUUUUAUUGGAAAUUGUGCAAAGCUAUUACGCAUCGUCUUUGAGGUACGAACAAUUGAAGGAGAAUGUAACACGCCUGUAAAUGUUGAACAGUAAAAGACAAGUUUAGUAAUCUCAAAAUUGAGUCAUGGGUCAAAUUUUUAUUUUUAUCCGUAAGUAUUUUAGAUAUUCAAACUAGACCGUACAUUGGUGGCACCACAUUAAUGCAUGAUUAAAAUAAAAAUAAAAAGCUUAUUCAUUUACCAGAUGUUAAUGCAAUCUUCGUGUUUGGGGCUACUUUUAAGCAAAUAUUUACUUGUGUUAGUAGCCCCGCAUAUAAUAUAGUUACAUACAAGAGUCCCAUAGGCCUGUCAAAUCUUCAGCAUAGGUAAGCGGACCGUGUGAAAAACGGGAUAAUGCUAGGGAGAUGAUGAUAAUGACAAGAGUCAUUAAGAGAGAAUUAUGGCAUCGCUCUUUUGUAUAAUAAUUAUUUGUUACUAAUGUUUCGUCUUUCUUUCUGUUAUAAUGUUUGAAUGCCAGUGCCACGUCGACUUAACAUUUUUUUUUGUAAAUUAAUAAUAAUUUUGUAACAUUUUGUAAUUUGAUCUGAAAGUAGAUUGGAAACAAUAAGCGAAAGUUGUGAAUGCUUUAAUUUAUUUAAGUUGUAGAUAGACUUGUCU